ACGAAUGAUUAUUGUCAAUAAUGUUGUGCGUGUAUAUAUUUUUAGUUAAGAAUUUCCUACCGAGACUAAUGAGACCAAGUAUACAUCGUUGGGUGACAAGAUAUAAGACAGUUGGUUUCAACUGAAAAGAAAACAUAUUUAUAUAUACAGUGAUGGUAUUGGUCUCAAUGAAAUACACUCCAAAAUGAUUACUUCUUGUUUGUUUAUUAUACAAGUUAUUAUAUUCACGACAGUAGCUCAUACGACUGAACCUAAAACAAUGUAUACCACCAAGUAUGAUAACAUUGAUAUUGAUUCAGUUAUCAACAAUGAACGGUUGAUGAAAAAUUAUAUUGGUUGUUUGAUGGAUGAGAAUUCUUGUACUCCUGAUGGACUUGAAUUAAAAAAGAAUCUUCCGGAUGCUUUAGCAACUGAUUGUGCAAGCUGUAGUCCAGCUCAAAAGCGAAUGGCUGAUAAAAUGUACCAUCAUAUGAUUGAUAACAGACCUGAAGACUGGAAUCGUUUGGAGAAAAAGUUUGAUCCUACUGGACACUAUAAAAAUCACUAUCUUGAAACAAAAUAUUUAGAAUCAACAACAAUGAAAGACUCAUAAAAUAUAUAUAAACAAUGUCUCAUUGA